GAAAUCCCCGCCAGCCCUUUCAGAGUCAAAGUCGACCCUUCUCACGAUGCCAGCAAAGUGAAGGCAGAGGGCCCAGGGCUCAGCAAAGCAGGAGUGGAAAAUGGGAAACCAACCCACUUUACUGUCUACACCAAGGGAGCCGGGAAAGCACCACUCAAUGUGGAGUUCAGCAGCCCCCUUCCUGGCGGUGCAGUGAAGGAUUUAGACAUCAUCGAUAAUUACGACUAUUCCCACACCGUUAAAUACACACCCACCCAGCAGGGCAGCAUGCAAGUUCUGGUGACUUAUGGUGGCGAUCCCAUUCCUAAAAGCCCUUUCACUGUGGGUGUUGCUGCUCCGCUGGAUCUGAGCAAGAUAAAAAUUAAUGGGCUGGAAAACAGGGUCGAAGUUGGGAAGGAUCAGGAAUUUGCCAUUGACACCAGGGGUGCAGGAGGCCAGGGGAAGCUGGACGUGACAAUCCUGAGCCCCUCUCGGAAGGUCUUGCCGUGCUUGGUGGCACCCGUGGUGGGCCGAGAGAGCAGCACAGCCAAAUUCAUCCCUCGGGAGGAGGGGCUGUAUGCUGUGGACGUGACCUACGACGGACACCCCGUGCCUGGGAGUCCCUACACGGUGGAGGCCUCGCUGCCACCAGAUCCCACCAAGGUGAAGGCCCGUGGUCCUGGCCUGGAAGGUGGUCUCGUGGGCAAACCUGCUGAGUUCACCAUUGACACCAAGGGAGCUGGAACUGGAGGUUUGGGCCUAACUGUGGAAGGUCCAUGCGAGGCCAAAAUUGAAUGCUCUGACAAUGGAGAUGGCACCUGCUCCGUCUCUUACCUUCCCACUAAACCUGGGGAAUACUUUGUCAACAUUCUCUUUGAAGAAGUUCACAUACCCGGGUCUCCCUUCAAAGCUGACAUCAAAAUGCCGUUUGACCCCUCUAAAGUGAUGGCGUCAGGACCAGGUCUUGAGCACGGGAAGGUGGGCGAAGCCGGGCUCCUUAGCGUUGACUGUUCAGAAGCAGGGCCAGGGACACUGGGCCUGGAAGCUGUCUCUGACUCAGGAGCCAAAGCUGAAGUUUCUAUUCAGAACAACAAAGAUGGCACCUAUGCAGUGACCUACGUACCCCUGACUGCUGGCAUGUACACGCUGAUCAUGAAGUAUGGCGGCGAGCUCGUACCACACUUCCCUGCCCGGGUCAAGGUGGAGCCUGCUGUGGACACCAGCAGGGUGAAAGUCUUUGGGCCAGGAAUAGAAGGAAAAGAUGUGUUUCGGGAAGCCACCACCGACUUCACCGUUGACUCACGGCCCCUGACCCAGGUAGGGGGUGACCACAUCAAGGCCCGCAUUGCCAACCCCUCGGGGGCCUCUACUGAGUGCUUUGUUACGGAUAAUGUUGAUGGGACCUACCAGGUGGAGUACACGCCCUUUGAGAAAGGCAGCCCCUUCAGGGUUCCUGUGAAGGAUGUUGUGGACCCCAGCAAGGUCAAGAUUGCCGGCCCUGGGGUAGGCUCGGGCGUCCGAGCCCGCAUCCCUCAGUCCUUCACAGUGGACAGCAGCAAGGCUGGCUUGGCCCCGCUGGAAGUGAGGGUCCUGGGCCCACGAGGCCUGGUGGAGCCAGUGAAUGUGGUGGACAAUGGGGAUGGCACACACACAGUGACCUACACCCCAUCUCAGGAGGGGCCUUACAUGGUAGCAGUUAAAUAUGCUGAUGAAGAGAUCCCACGCAGUCCCUUUAAGGUCAAGGUCCUUCCCACCUAUGAUGCCAGCAAAGUGACUGCCAGUGGCCCAGGCCUCAGUUCCUAUGGUGUGCCUGCCAGUCUGCCCGUGGAGUUUGCAAUUGACGCCAGAGAUGCUGGGGAAGGCCUGCUUGCUGUUCAGAUAACGGACCAAGAGGGAAAACCCAAAAGAGCCAUUGUCCACGACAAUAAAGAUGGCACGUAUGCUGUCACCUACAUUCCUGACAAGACUGGACGCUAUAUGAUUGGGGUCACCUAUGGGGGGGACAACAUCCCAUUUUCUCCUUACCGCAUCCGGGCCAUGCAGACGGGCGAUGCCAGCAAGUGCCUGGCUACGGGUCCUGGAAUCGCCUCCACUGUGAAAACUGGCGAGGAAGUGGGUUUUAUGGUUGAUGCCAAGACUGCUGGGAAGGGGAAAGUGACCUGCACAGUUCUGACCCCAGACGGCACUGAGGCUGAGGCCGAUGUCAUCGAGAAUGAGGAUGGCACCUAUGACAUUUUCUACACGGCUGCCAAGCCGGGCACCUACGUGAUCUACGUGCGCUUUGGUGGUGUCGAUAUUCCCAACAGCCCCUUCACUGUCAUGGCCACAGAUGGGGAAGUCACGGCUGUGGAUGAGGCACCGGUAAAUGCAUGUCCCCCUGGAUUCAGGCCUUGGGUGACCGAAGAGGCCUAUGUCCCAGUGAGUGACAUGAACGGCCUGGGGUUUAAGCCUUUCGACCUGGUCAUUCCGUUUGCAGUCAGGAAGGGAGAAAUCACUGGAGAAGUUCACAUGCCUUCUGGGAAGACGGCCACGCCUGAGAUUGUAGACAACAAGGAUGGCACGGUCACGGUCAGAUAUGCCCCCACUGAGGUCGGGCUCCAUGAGAUGCACAUCAAAUACAUGGGCAGCCACAUCCCUGAGAGCCCACUCCAGUUCUAUGUGAACUACCCCAACAGCGGGAGCGUUUCUGCCUAUGGACCAGGCCUGGUGUAUGGAGUGGCCAACAAAACUGCCACCUUCACCAUUGUCACGGAGGAUGCAGGAGAAGGUGGUCUGGACUUGGCUAUUGAGGGGCCCUCAAAAGCAGAAAUCAGCUGCAUUGACAACAAAGAUGGGACGUGCACAGUGACCUACCUGCCCACCCUGCCAGGCGACUAUAGCAUUCUGGUCAAGUACAAUGACAAGCACAUCCCUGGGAGCCCCUUCACAGCCAAGAUCACAGACGACAGCAGGCGGUGCUCCCAGGUGAAGCUGGGCUCAGCCGCCGACUUCCUGCUGGAUAUCAGCGAGACUGACCUCAGCACCCUGACGGCCAGCAUUAAGGCCCCGUCUGGCCGUGACGAACCCUGUCUCCUGAAGAGGCUACCCAACAACCAUAUUGGCAUCUCCUUCAUCCCCCGGGAGGUGGGCGAACACCUGGUCAGCAUCAAGAAGAAUGGCAACCACGUGGCCAACAGCCCUGUGUCCAUCAUGGUGGUCCAGUCUGAGAUCGGUGACGCCCGCCGAGCCAAAGUCUAUGGCCGUGGCCUGUCAGAAGGCCGGACUUUCGAGAUGUCUGAGUUCAUCGUGGACACGAGGGAUGCAGGGUAUGGUGGCAUUUCCUUGGCGGUGGAAGGCCCCAGCAAAGUGGACAUCCAGACAGAGGACCUGGAAGAUGGCACCUGCAAAGUCUCCUACUUCCCCACCGUGCCUGGGGUUUACAUUGUCUCUACCAAAUUCGCUGAUGAGCACGUGCCUGGGAGCCCGUUUACUGUGAAGAUCAGUGGGGAGGGAAGAGUAAAGGAGAGCAUCACUCGUACCAGUCGGGCCCCGUCCGUGGCCACCGUUGGGAGCAUCUGUGACCUGAACCUGAAAAUCCCAGAAAUCAACAGCAGUGACAUGUCGGCCCAUGUCACCAGCCCCUCUGGCCAUGUGACUGAGGCAGAGAUUGUGCCCAUGGGGAAGAACUCACAUUGCGUCCGAUUUGUGCCCCAGGAGAUGGGUGUCCACACGGUCAGCGUCAAGUACCGUGGGCAGCACGUAACUGGCAGCCCCUUCCAGUUCACUGUGGGGCCACUGGGCGAAGGGGGCGCCCACAAGGUCCGGGCAGGAGGCCCCGGCCUUGAGAGGGGAGAAGCAGGAGUCCCAGCGGAGUUCAGCAUCUGGACCCGGGAGGCAGGUGCUGGGGGCCUCUCCAUCGCUGUCGAGGGCCCCAGUAAGGCUGAGAUUACUUUUGAUGACCAUAAAAAUGGGUCGUGUGGUGUGUCUUACAUUGCCCAAGAGCCUGGUAACUACGAGGUGUCUAUCAAGUUCAAUGAUGAGCACAUCCCCGAAAGUCCCUACCUGGUGCCUGUCAUCGCGCCCUCCGACGACGCCCGCCGCCUCACUGUUAUGAGCCUUCAGGAAUCAGGAUUAAAAGUUAACCAGCCAGCAUCCUUUGCUAUAAGGUUGAAUGGUGCAAAAGGCAAGAUUGAUGCAAAGGUGCAUAGCCCCUCUGGAGCCGUGGAGGAGUGCCACGUGUCUGAGCUGGAGCCAGACAAAUAUGCUGUUCGCUUCAUCCCUCACGAGAACGGCAUCCACACGAUCGAUGUCAAGUUCAACGGGAGCCACGUGGUUGGAAGCCCCUUCAAAGUGCGUGUUGGGGAGCCUGGACAAGCAGGGAACCCUGCCCUGGUGUCUGCCUACGGCGCAGGGCUUGAGGGGGGCACCACAGGUAUCCAGUCCGAAUUCUUCAUCAACACCACCCGAGCAGGCCCAGGGACAUUAUCUGUCACCAUUGAAGGCCCGUCCAAGGUUAAAAUGGAUUGCCAGGAAACCCCAGAAGGGUACAAAGUCAUGUACACCCCCAUGGCUCCUGGAAACUACUUGAUCGGUGUCAAAUAUGGUGGGCCCAACCACAUCGUGGGCAGUCCCUUCAAGGCCAAGGUGACAGGCCAGCGUCUGGUCAGCCCUGGCUCAGCCAAUGAGACUUCCUCCAUCCUGGUAGAGUCGGUGACCAGGUCCUCAACGGAGACCUGCUAUAGCGCCAUCCCCAAGUCAUCCUCUGAUGCCAGCAAGGUGACCUCCAAGGGGGCAGGGCUGUCAAAGGCCUUCAUGGGCCAGAAGAGCUCCUUCCUGGUGGACUGCAGCAAAGCCGGUUCCAACAUGCUGCUGAUCGGGGUCCAUGGGCCCACCACCCCCUGCGAAGAGGUCUCCAUGAAGCACGUGGGCAAUCAACAAUACAACGUCACAUACGUGGUCAAGGAGAGGGGGGACUAUGUUCUGGCCGUGAAGUGGGGGGAGGAGCACAUCCCUGGCAGCCCCUUUCAUGUCACAGUGCCUUAAAUGGUUUUCACCAAAUCCUGGGAGGAGUUUUUGUGGUUGUUUUUGUUGCUUGUUUGUAAUUCAUUUUAUACAAAGUCCUCCAGCCUGUUUGUGGGUCUGAAACCCCAUCCCUAAAACAUUGCCAUUCUAAAGUGCCUUCAGAAAUAAGUCCUCGAAUGGACUCUUGGAGGGAUGUGUUGGGGAAUCUUAAGAAAUGCAAACUCGUUCAAUGGGUGGAGAAGAUCCUGCAUACACUCGGUUCCGAUCAGAGCUCUUGGUGGCACAGAUCCGUCACUGCGGACAGACCAAGAACAUGGGCAAGACUGUUUUUAUGAAAUGAAAUUGGCUAGGCUAAGCUACUGGUUCACUCUGCAGCAUUUAAGAAAUAAGACUGUGGGGAGGGGGACAGAGAAAAAGAAGAGACCUGGUAUAGGUUGCCAUUUAGCAAAGGGGAUGGCUUAAAAGCAGCUUAAUCUGUUCCAGUGCCCACAUUAUGUAAGAAAAGGCUGUUUGUUAGGUAGCUGCUGCCUUGUUUUAACACUACUUGUUACCAAUCCCCCCAUGUUCUGUCACCUUCUUAGAUUUCUCAAAGGCAGAGUGUAUGUGGUAGCAACUGGCCUGAUGGCUUCCUGGUGCCUCUCCUUUUAUUCUAGGAUUUUAAAAAAAUUUUUUGCAGAGUCAUAACCUGUGACCAUCUUAGCAGCCAUGUUUUUGCUUUUGUUUUUAAAGCCUGUUUCAGUCACUUGGUCUGAAGAAAUUCUGCAGUGGCGAGCAGCACCCCACUUGCCAAAGAUCCCUUGUAACCAACACUAGCCCUUGUUUUUAACACACGCUCCAGCCGUUUGUCAGCCUGGCGAGUCUUACCAAAACGUUUAAAGUGCCCUCGGCACAGAGUUAUGUCAUGUGACAUACACCCCGCCCACUCCCAGCCAGCCUUGUGGGUCACAUUUUCUGGAAAAUAAUUAUUAGUAUAGAUAGGAAGUCGGGGAAUUGUUGAGGGGAGGGAAGGGAGCAGCUCAUCAGUGGUCUUUUUACCAUUUGGCAGAAACAGCAAGAGCUGCGUAGUUGAUGGUGGCAUGUAUUUGGCCAUGACCACAUGUCAUCUGAGGCUGUUUAGAGAGCAGUAGGCAGGUGCAAAAUUUCAAAAAUCAGGUGUAGGGCAUUUUGCAUGCCUUCCUGCAGACCUGAGCUGGCUUUGGGAUCAAGUUAAAGUGUUCAGGGACAUUGCCUGACAGCAGAACUCAGGUGUGCAGUCAGAAAGGGCAGGCAGACCUUUCUCAUUGGCUGCUUAGUCCUGAGGAAGUGGCCAGUGUUGUUGUGGGUGUGGCAGGUGGCACAGUGGUUCCCUGUGCCAAGGUGUAGCAUCUGGGGGUGAGUGUUGGUUGCAAAAGCCCACCUGUUAGAAACUGGAGCAGCCUGAAGCCUAAUGUGAAAGGACCACAGGCGUUGUAAUCUGGGAUGCAGAAGCCAAACUGGAAUCAAAUGCCAACUGUAAAUUGUAUCCUAUAACUUAUUAAAUAAAACGUUUGCUCCGUAAAAUUCC